AUGCUUCAAGACAAGAAAUUGCAAGCCAUCAAGGGACCCCGUGGUGUCCAAAUGCCUGGUUUUCUCCUCUUUGCAGACAAUAUUUUCUUCUUUUUAAAUGGCUCCAUCAGAUAUGUCAGACAUUUCAAUGUCUUCCUUACAAAGUAUCAGCAGUUUUCCGGUCAACAAAUCAACCUCAACAAGAGUAAGCUUUUUCUGGGGAAGAUGUCUCUAGAUAGGAAGCAACUCAUCUCUGAUACCCUUGGAAUCUCCAUCUGCAAGUUCCCUACAAAAUAUCUGGGAGUGGAAAUUUUCAAGGAUAGGGUCACUCGUGAACCUCUCCUCCCGGUGAUGGGUAAAAUUAAAGGAAGGAUGGCUGGUUGGAAAGGAAAGCUCCUCUCCAUGGCUGGUAGGGUGGAACUGGUUCGAUCUCUUAUUUCUGGUAUGCCGUCCCACAACUUCUCUGUAUACUGGUGGUCUAGCUCCUUACUGAACAUCAUGGGGAGAUGGAUGCGGAAUUUCAUUUGGAGUGGCGAUCCUGAAACAGCCAAAGGAGUUACAAUUAAUUGGGACUCAAUCUGCAAGCCUAAACAAGAAGGAGGGCUUGGAAUUAGGCGUCUGAGGGAUGUCAACAAAGCUCUUCUCUGUAAGCAUGUAUGGAAUAUAAGGCACUCAUCAUCAGCCCUGAGCAACAUUAUUAAUGCUCGCUUUUUGAGGAAAAAUGGGGAGCUUAAGAAAGGGUAUAAAUCUUCCACGAUUUGGCCAGGCCUUCGGAGAAUGUGGUCUCUUGUCUCUAGCAAGGAGCGAUGGGUGGUAGGUAAUGGGGUAUCUAUAAACUUCUGGAAAGACAGAUGGGUUGACUCUAAAUCUUUUCAAGAAAAAGCAGGUUUGAGAGAUGAUUUGUUUGCAUCUUCCUCCAUGACAGUUGCGGACUUUAUUGACAAUAAUGAGUGGAACUUCCCCACGUGUAUCUCGGAUCCUCUGGGAAAAGUUUUCUUGAGCUGUUUUGGUUUGAUUUGGAAGGAUCAAUCCUCCAUUGCUGAAUUGAUCUCCUGGUGGAAACGAAAGCGAAGAAUUUUGUCGGUAAAGGACCCUUGGGCAGCUGGCUUGAUUAUAGUGACCGACACUAUUUGGCAAGAAAGGAAUCAUCGAUGGCAUGGUGGUAAGAGUAGGGAUGCCUCUCUGCUGUUCAAGAAAAUAUUGAGAACGCUUAAGGAGUCUAAUCUCAACUUAAAAGGGGUCAUUCGGUCUGCUGCUGAUCUUCUUUACUACAGGAAGCUAGGGUUGCAUGCAGCUCCAGGCGACCCUCCCUCCAUUCUUGAAAUCAUUUGGUGCAAGCCUCCACUCGCCUGGCAAAAGAUAAACAUUGAUGGUAGUUCCAUGGGGAACCCUCGUCGAGCAGGAGGUGGGGGCGUCAUUUGUGACUCCAAUGGGAAAGUUAUAUUCUCCUUCAAGCACUUCCUUGGCAUCAGUACGAACUACUAUGCAGAAUUCAUGAGAUUUCUUCAUGGUAUCCGCCAUGCAAUGGGUCAAAGGAUUACAAAUUUGUGGAUUGAAACUGACUCUGUGGCAGUAGUCACCGCUGUUCAAGGCAAGUCUCUCCCUUGGUUUGCCCUGCAAGAGUGGCUCUCUCUCUAG